AUUGUGAAAUUCGACUGCGUAAAAUCAUUUGUAAAUUGCAAUGCCCAAAGAAAAUUAUAAGCAAAAAGUGCGAGAUGUUUGGCUGCGGGCUGCAGAAUUUAAGGCUUGGCUCAGGAAGGACCCAACCGACGCCACACGGGCAUAUUGCAGUUAUUGCAAAUGCACCAUUACAGCCAAACUAAGUGAUUUGCAUGCACAUGGUGCUACCAAAAAGCAUGCUGCAUCAAUGGAGGGCCAUCUGCAGCAGAACAAAAUACCCUUUCUGGUUGAAUUGCCGUCAAGAACAAUUGAGCAGGAGGCAGCGCUUUGCCUAUUUGUGGCCCAACAUUGCGCAAUCACCUCCGUUGAUCAUUUAAGUAAUAUUUGUAUCAAAAAGUUUGAUGACAGCAGCUCUGCGUCGAAAAUAAAACUACAUCGUACAAAAUGUACAUAUAUAAUUAAAAAUGCAUUGGCACCCCACUUUAAGGAUGAGCUUUAUAAAGACAUUGGUGGUUCCAGAUACAGCCUACUUUUGGAUGAAUCCACAGACAUUAGUGUCACAAAAUUACUUGGCGCCGCUUAAAAUUCCCAGAGUUUGUGACACUCGAUGGCUGUCCAUUGAAAUGGCUGUAAGUCGUAUUUUGGACCAGUGGCAUGAACUUAAAACUCAUUUUGGGAUUGCUGGUAUGGAAGAAAAAUGCAAAACAGCAAAAAUUUUGUACCAAUUGUUUUCUGACGAGAAAUUACAUUUGUAUCUUCUCUUUUUAAAACCCAUAUUGCAAGAAAUGCAAAAUGUAAACAAAUGCUUUCAAAGCAAUUCUGUAAAUGCGGCGAAACUGCUAAAUGAUCUGGUCAUCGCUAUUAGGUCAUUAAAAGAUAAGAUCAUUCCGUCUAAUAAUGAAGUGGACAUUAUUGCUGACGAUGAGUUCGAACACCAUAUCAAAACCGAUUUAUAUCUCGGAUAUGAAUUUGAGAAACAAUUGCAAACAGUGAAAAUUUCAGCUGCUGAAGAGACAGCAAUAAGAGAAUGCUGUGCUAGUUUUGUUGUGGACUUAGUCAAACAGCUAAA